AUGAAUUCGAGGGUGGACAAUCUAGUUAGGAGGAGGGUGGAAGAUGUGGAUGAGAUUAUGCUAUUUAUAUUACCUGCAGUGUACCUUUUAAGUAGCAAUGGAGGAAGGAAAAAGAGACCUAGGCAUACAUCUAAGCUGUCUGGCAAAGAGAAACUAAAAGAAAUCUUAGAGGGACAUCCAAAGAACUGUUGUGUUGCAUUCCGCAUGGAGCCAAUUGUCUUUAGAGAGAUUGCGGACUUUCUCAAAAGAGAGCAUCUGUUACGUGACACAAGGGGUGUGAGAGUGGAUGAGAGAUUAGGAUUCUUCCUAUUUAUGCUGUCUCAUAAUGCUAGCUAUGAGGAUCUGCAAUAUGAAUUUAAGCAUAGUGGUGAGACCAUCCAUCGCCAUAUUAAGGCAGUUUUCAAUAUAAUCCCAGCUCUCACCUAUAGAUUUGUGAAGCCUGCUAUUGGAACUGGUACACACUGGAAGAUUAGUACAGAUCCUCGGUUCUUUCCCUACUUCGAGAACUGCCUAGGAGCCAUUGAUGGUACUCAUAUUCCUAUUACCAUCGGUGAAGAAAAGCAAGCUCCCUAUAGGAACCGCAAGGGUACAUUGAGCCAGAACGUGAUGCUAGCAUGUGAUUUUGACCUGAACUUCACUUUUAUAUCAUCUGGUUGGGAGGGCUCUGCUACAGAUGCUAGGGUUCUGAGGUCUGCAUUACUUAGAGGAUUUCAUGUUCCUGAGGGCAAAUAUUAUCUUGUUGAUGGUGGAUAUGCUAACACACCAUCUUUCCUUGCACCCUAUCGUGGCGUCCGUUACCACUUAAAGGAGUUUGGCCAUGGUCAUCAUCGGCCAAGCAAUUAUAAGGAGCUAUUCAAUCAUCGCCAUGCAUUGCUGCGGAAUCACAUAGAGAGAGCAAUCGGUGUUUUGAAGAAGCGCUUCCCUAUCUUAAAAAUUGGCACACAUCACCCAAUUAAGAACCAAGUGAAGAUACCAGCAGCAGCAGUGAUAUUUCACAAUCUUAUACGGAUGUAUAAUGGGGAUGAGGGUUGGUUGGAUCAUCAACCGGAUAACAUACCACCAGAAGAUUUUGUUGAUCUUCCUGAAGGUGACGAUCACUAUAACAAUGAUGUGAUGUCACUUACUAGUCAAAUAGAUAAUGGGAAUUAUCUUAGGGAUAUGAUUGCAAUGAAUAUGUGGAAUGACUACAGUCACAACCAGUCUUGAUUUUUUUUAUAAUAUUGCUUUUUGGUGAUGUAUGCAAGAGGUUCGCCAAAGUUCAACAUGAUGCAAGCUACAUUUAAGCAAAGGAAGUUGUCACCAAGAGGUGGUGGUGUACAUAAGAGAGCAUCACCUAAAGCAACACAGCAAGUGGUUCGCAAAAGAGCAAAUUGGAAUCUAGGACUUGAAAAGGGUUUGGUUGAACUUCUACACUACCACAACAAUGAUUGUUACAGAAGUCAGAAUGGAUGGUCCUCAGAGGAAUGGAAUAG